CCACUGUCGCUGUCAUGUGCUCAUGUGUCAAUCAAAUAAUCGUUUUUGUCAUUGCUGAAAAAAUACGAUUUUUAUCUAAAAUUCCUCUCGAAAUUGUAUAAUGCAGAUAAAUUGACAAAAUGUCCCAGAAUUUACAGAAAAAACCCUCCAAGGGAAUAUUGAAAACAACUCGCAGUAUUGACAAUCAAGACGGGGCACCAUCAACAAGUAAGAGAGCAAAAGAACAGAGGUUCGACGAGGUUAAUAUUAUGGAGACUUUCCACCCGGCGAAUAAAGAUUAUGGACAUAUGAAAGUGGACGAGCCAAAAACACCUUAUUCUGAACCUGUGGAUGAAAAUCUGGAGACUACAGACGAGUUAGAUGCGAAUAUUCUUGCUGCGAAGCUUGCGGCGAGUAUGAACAGGCCUCCGAAGUGUGUGGAGUCGUGUGAUAGUGAUGAAGAUAUGGACGAGCCCGAGGAGGUCCGCCAGCGAAAGCGGGAAUUCGAAAAGAAACGGAAAAUGCACUACAAUGAGUUUCAGGCCCUUCAACUGGCCAGACAGCUUUUGGCACAGGAAGAAGAAGAGGAAGAAAAUGAAGACAAGCAAACACACACUUGACUGCCACAACCCAGUAUACCUGUACAUAGUUCUUGUGAAGGCUUCAGGCUGAUACAAGUGCCCAGGCAAUGCAUAGUCUUAAAAUUGUUAGUUCUUGUAUAACCCACAGCCUUAUGCCUUACAAAGUUAGUUCUAUAAUUCAUAUGCUAACUAAAAUACAUGAUUUAUAUGAAUAAAUCAUGUAUUAUCUUAAUAAUAUGAAUAACUUCUAUAAUCUUAAUAAUAUGAGUAUCUUAAUAAUAUGAAUUAUUAAGUAAGCCCUGCAGUAUAAGACCACAACCCUCAGCCAUGAGGAAUUUGACUGUGAAGAGAGAGUGAGAAGAGAUAUAGCAGUAUUUAAACAUUUUAGUGCAUAUUAUUCAAAUAAACAAUUUGUUAACAAAAAACAGUUUUUUUGUUAACAAAUUACUUAGAUAGAGCUGCUUCUUGAACAGCAAUAAAGUUAUUUAAAGGUUUUCCACAUUAAUAGAUUUACAUGUUGGAAUGUGCUUCAAAAUGUUGCAAAAAGCAUUGGGCAAUUAGGCUGAUGUUAGGGUACAGUUGUUAAUAUUGUUCGAUGGUGGUAAAAUAUUUAAAGUAUAAAAAAAAGUGUUCGGUACUAAUGUGGCAAAAAUAAUAGUUGUUACAGUUGAAUAUAGGGUUGUAAAUAUAUGACAUAAAUAUAUUUAGUAUGCAUUUCAAAUUUCAGCUUGGAGCCUUUUAUUAUAAAAAAAGCUUUAUUUUAUGUGAUGCUUGAAAUAACAUGCUUUUAUUUUUAUUAUUUGCAAAGAAUUUAUUAUCUGUAGAUCUAGGUGCAUGAGAAAUUAAGUUUUUCACAAACUAUUGCAAAUAUUUAGAUAUGUGGUAAAUAUUUCUCAUAUAAGAAUUGUGUAAUAAUAUAAAAUAAUUAUAAUGCAUUCAUUAUAAUGGUGAAGUUUGUAUUUGUAAAAUAGAUUUGUGGAAAAAUGAUUGAUUUCUUAUCUUUUAGUCUCUUUCUCUAUAUCUGUCGUAAGCUUUUCCCUGGUUUCUUCAACAGCCCUUAAGCAUUGGAACCCAGGGUUUGCUAUUCAAUCAAUCUACAUUAUGAUAAUAUUGAAUCAAGUAAGUACAAUUUACCUUACUUCAAAAUAUUAAAUGAAAAUUAUAAUAUAAAAGUGAACUGUUACAAUGAACUUAAUAUUUUAUUGGAAAACUUAAGUAACAGGCUGGUGAAUUCGUUUUUUUUGUGGCAAUAUUUCAAUUUGUAAACACCAUCUUUUUUUAAAAGUUUUACAAGCUGUGUGACUAGUCAGUCUCCCCUUGGAUGAUUAAUAAAUAAACUUCAAAAUAAUUUUAAAAAAUUGAUUAGCUACGAAUGUUAUACAAGAAUUGCUCGUUUAAUUUAAAGUAUAGUAAAGUAUACAUAUUUCUAUUACUCUGUGUUGAACAGUGAGUUAACACUCACUUUGAUUUAGCAUUAUUAUCGAGUGUGUUAUUACUAACACUGGUGUAAGUACCUAAUAGUGGUGUUUAGCAUUUAUGUAUAUUUUGUUUGAUUUUUAAGCGGCAUUGGCCUGAACUGAGUUAACUUUAUUGUUCAGUCUAUGUGCUAUUUCUAAACAUUAAACAUAUAAUCAUGAAGUGUAUACCUCUUUGUUUAGUCUUCCAAAAUAAAGAAUAAGUAGUAGUACAAGUACAUACAGUGAUGCUAGCACGGUAUAUCCAAUAAUGUUAAUCGUAUCGCCCAAAUUUAUAUGGAAAAUGAUUAGCACCUUUGUUGUACGUUAUAGACGUGUGGUCCCGCCCUGGGAUAGAACCACUCCAUAUCCUCCUGUGCAACAAUAACGUUCCCAAAAAGGAUGGAUUUCAUAAAGGCAUCGUAAAAUUACAUUCGAAUCUUCAAAAUUGAUUUAUUUUUUAACUCAGAAUGUGAAGGCGACGUUGCAAGGAUAAGAGAGAUAUAUGAUGGAGGCGCUGUUCAUUUUCUAUUUAAAUUUUGUCGAUAAGAUUACACGUUCUAGAAAAAACUCGUGCUGCAUGCUUACUUUUUAUUUGUUGUCAAAAUGGUAUUACGAUUGAGCAUUGUGCGAUAAUUUAAUUAUAGCUUACCUGCUUGUUGGUGUUUGGAAGGCCAUUAUUUUGUAUGUACCUACUUAUACAGUACCUAUAUAUACAGUCACUCUCCAAUCAGCUGUUUUGUAAAACUCAAUCUAGUGCUCAAAAAUUUAUAUAAGUACCUAGGCAUUUGUACCUAAGCUAUUUCAGUAUUUUAUAGUUUUACUAUCGUCUAUAUCAGUAUAGGAACUUCGUGAAUUCCUACCAUCAAAUUUAUUUUUUAUUAUUUAGGUAUUUAUUUAUUCACUAAUAAGCCAUAAAGCUGGUAUGGCCCUGUCUUCCCCGAAAGGGAUAAAGACGUGGUACUGUGUCUAACAAUGUGUGUACUUACUGGAUGAGCUUGUUUACUUUGCACAUGUUGAGUGUUGUGGAUAUCGAUUGAUACUCGCUGAGAUUGAUGUUCAAUCAACAGAAGUUCAAUCUACCCAGAUUUAUAUGAAAAUCGCUCUUAUUACCGCUGCAUGGUCA